AUGCCCCGCGAUCCGCUGAUCGGGCUGGUGGGAAAGCCAUCUAGUGGAAAGUCUACAACAUUGAACAGCUUGACCGAUGCGACCUCGAAAGUUGGUGAGAAACUUCCCGUAUGUGUCUCGAUUGCGUCCCCCGCCUUAUCGAACUUGAUCGCGCAGACCGUGUUGACAGCAAACAGCUUUACAACCAUUGACCCCCAGCGAGCCAUCGGGUACCUACAGAUUGACUGCCCAUGUCAGCGACACAAUGUUUCAGAUCGAUGCCAACCCAAUUAUGGCGGGUGUCACGAAGGACGCCGUUCUGUGCCCAUUGAAUUAUUAGACGUCGCGGGUCUCGUGCCAGGUGCGCACCAAGGCCGUGGACUUGGAAACAAAUUCUUGGAUGAUCUUCGUCAAGCCGAUGCUUUGAUUCACGUCGUGGAUGUGAGUGGAACCACGGAUGCUGAAGGAAAGGCUACUCGAGGAUAUGAUCCCUCAGUGGAUAUCGAGUGGUUGCGCGGAGAGAUCGUACGAUGGGUGCUAGGAAACUUGAUGGAGAAGUGGGGAUCUAUCAAAAGGAGACAUGCGGCAUUGAAGGCAAACCCCAUCGACACAUUGCAAAAACAGUUUGCUGGUUAUGGUAGUACCCAGCAGACUGUUUCUCGGUUCAUGGACAAACUUGCCAUAAAAGAGCCAUUAGAAGACUGGUCCAAUGAGACGGUAGAGGUUGUCGUGAACGCUUUUAUUGACGAAAAAUUCCCCACCGUGUUCGCCCUGAACAAGAUCGAUCACCCAGAUGCAGACAAGAACAUCAGCAAAAUCGCCAAGAUGCAAGACCCACAAAGUAUUGUGCUCUGCUCUGCUAUAUCUGAGGUCUUCCUCCGACGAUUGGCAAAGCAGGAGUAUAUUAAGUACGUCGAGGGCAGUGAGUUUGUUGAUACACGAGAAGAUCUGAUCGAAAUGGGCGACCCGGAGGGAGGUGGUCUUAAGGAGAUGGAUGAAAAAUUAAAAGCUCGGGUUGAAAAUUUGAAAGACAUGGUGCUAUAUCGAUUUGGAUCUACAGGGGUUGUCCAAUGCCUUUCUCGGGCCGCGGAGCUUCUAGGCCUCGUGCCAGUCUUCCCUGUCCGCAACGUUCAGACCUUCAACUCUGGCAGUGGAAGUGCAGUCUUCCGUGACUGUGUUCUAGUCAAGAAAAACAGCACUGUUGGUGAUGUUGCCCGGAAGGUGAUGGGCGAUGUACCUAUCAGCUACAUUGAAGGCGUUGGCGGAACGCGAGUCUCUGAGGAAGAUUACGUUGCCGUUGGAAAGCACGACAUCCUCUCAUUCAAGGUUGGCCGAUAG